AUGCAGACCAUACCGAAAAAGUUUGUGGCCAAUAUCAGAGAGAAAAUAUCUGAACAAGUCAUACUCAAGGUGCCAAAUGGAAAGACAUACACUGUAGAGGUUGCUGAGGAACAACAGAACGAGUUGGUCCUAAGGUCUGGAUGGGCAGAAUUUGCCAGUGCUUAUGAACUUGAACUCGGUGAUCUUUUAGUGUUCACAAACAAUGGGAACUCACACUUGACAGUCCGAAUCUUCGAUCGAAGUGCUUGCGAGAAAGAGCUCUCCUGCGUUCUGCUGGACAGCAUGCCUUGCAUGCAGGAAAGGAAAUGUUCUCAUGGCAAGCGGUCGCGCGAGGGUGCGGCUGCGGCCUGGGCAGUGGCCGCGGGGUUCGCGUACCCGCGCACGCAGAGGGUGCGGCGGCGGCCUGGCUCGCGUGCCCGCACGGAGGCCACGGUGGUCUGCGGGUCCGAGCGAGGAGGAGGUGCGCCGUGCCCGUGCGAGGAGAAGGAGGCCGCGGCGGGCUGCGGGCCUGAGCGAGGAGGAGGUGCGCCAGGUUGGCUCGGCUCUGUGCGGGUGCCGGUCUGCGGCUUCGUGCCGUGCUGGUGA